GGAUGCCGCCACAUCUCCGUCAUCAUUGUUCAGACCAGCUUCAUCGCCAGCUGCUCUAAACCAUUUUAAAAUCUACAGUGCCACCAGCAGUCGUUAGCAAGUUCUCACGACUUCUUCUUUCGAUACUUCGAUAAACUAAAUUAUCAACUUUCCAAGAUGCGUGAGUGUAUUUCAAUCCACGUUGGACAAGCCGGAGUCCAAAUUGGUAAUGCCUGUUGGGAACUUUACUGCCUUGAGCAUGGAAUUCAGCCUGAUGGGCAGAUGCCGUCCGACAAAUUGCUGGGAGCUGUGGACGACAGUUUUAACACUUUCUUUAGUGAGACCGGAGCCGGUAAACACGUACCGAGGGCCGUGUUCGUUGACCUGGAACCGACCGUUGUCGACGAAGUACGAACUGGAACUUACCGUCAGUUGUUCCAUCCUGAACAGUUGAUCACUGGUAAGGAGGAUGCUGCGAACAACUAUGCUCGUGGUCACUACACCAUAGGUAAAGAGAUUGUCGAUCUGGUGCUGGACCGCAUCCGGAAGUUGGCCGACCAAUGCACGGGACUGCAAGGAUUUCUAAUUUUCCACUCAUUCGGAGGAGGCACCGGAUCAGGUUUUACUUCCCUACUUAUGGAGCGACUUUCCGUCGAUUAUGGAAAGAAGUCGAAGCUGGAAUUCGCCAUCUACCCCGCCCCACAGGUUUCCACCGCUGUCGUUGAGCCAUACAACUCGAUCCUGACCACGCAUACAACCCUUGAGCACUCUGACUGCGCAUUCAUGGUUGACAACGAGGCCAUUUAUGAUAUCUGCCGCCGAAAUCUGGACAUUGAGAGGCCGACAUACACAAACCUGAACAGACUUAUCGGCCAGAUUGUAUCCUCCAUCACCGCUUCCCUGAGAUUCGACGGUGCCCUGAACGUCGACCUUACCGAGUUCCAGACCAACUUGGUACCCUACCCUCGUAUCCACUUCCCUCUGGUCACUUACGCUCCGGUCAUCUCCGCCGAAAAGGCAUACCACGAACAGUUGUCCGUUGGGGAGAUUACCAACGCUUGUUUCGAGCCAGCUAACCAGAUGGUCAAGUGCGACCCUCGUCACGGCAAAUACAUGGCUUGCUGCAUGCUGUACAGAGGCGAUGUAGUCCCGAAAGACGUAAACGCGGCCAUUGCCACUAUCAAGACCAAGCGCACGAUUCAAUUCGUCGACUGGUGUCCCACCGGUUUCAAGGUCGGUAUCAAUUACCAGCCCCCGACCGUCGUUCCGGGUGGUGACUUGGCCAAGGUGCAACGUGCCGUCUGCAUGUUGUCCAACACCACGGCCAUCGCCGAGGCCUGGGCUCGUCUUGACCACAAGUUCGACCUGAUGUACGCCAAGCGUGCCUUCGUCCACUGGUACGUCGGCGAGGGUAUGGAGGAGGGCGAGUUCUCCGAGGCACGUGAGGACCUCGCCGCUCUUGAGAAGGACUACGAAGAGGUCGGCAUGGACUCUGUUGAUGCCGAAGGCGAUGGAGCCGAAGAAUACUAAACACGACUAUUUAAAAUAGUCUGAAAAAUAUACCGUACUGCAAUAUUAAAUAUAAUCUGAUUUCAUUCCACAACUCCUAUUUUGAAAAUAAAUUGUUAUAUGAUUUUCCCUUUAAA